UGUCUCUUGCUUCCGCCGAUCACCCUCUCCCGACGGGCUUGAUGACAUGCCCAAGGCGCGCAAGAAGAAGGCGCCCAUAACAGGCCCGGGCCCCUCUGAAGUGGCGUCCGGAAAGCCCGAGACGACGCGCACCGUUAUCAGGCGCUUUCAUGUUCUCCUGAAGCGGCAGACGCAGCUCGAGCAAGCUAGCACCAUGGACGCAGCCACGACGCAGGAGCUGGCGAAGAUUGCUGCUGAGAUAGAGGCGCUUGGCGGGCUGGAGAAGUAUCAGGAGAUGUCUGCUAUUGGACAGAGCAGUGAUCGGGGUGGGGGAAGUGAGAAAGUGCUCAUUGGGUGGCUGAAAGAGCUGCAAGUCAAGCCGGCGGAGGGCACUGCCAAACUUAGGCUGCUGGAAGUAGGUGCCCUGAAGCCCGACAACUAUAAGUCAUGCCAGUCGUAUAUCGACGCGACACCGAUCGACCUUCACUCCCGCCACCCAUCUAUACAGGAGCAAGACUUUCUGAAGAUGAACGAAGAUGAACAUAGGUCAUCUUGGGAUAUCAUCAGCUUAAGCCUCGUCGUGAACUUCGUACCGGACGCCAAGGACAGAGGUCGUAUGCUGCGCCUUGCCCAUGCCAUGCUGAGACCUGAUGGGCUUCUCUUCCUUGCACUUCCCCUCCCUUGCAUCCUAAACUCGCGCUACGUGACCCCGGAGUACAUUCAGAGCUUCAUGGAGGUCAUUGGCUUUACUCAAGCACGCUCUCGCUGGCGCGAAGGGGGCAAGAUGGCGUACUGGCUUUACCGGAAGCAAGACGGCAAGCCCGCCGCAUCGACAGACUUCGACUUCCAGCGCAAGGUCGUCUUACGGACAGGUCACAGGAACAACUUCUGUAUAUUCUUGUAACAUGUGCGCUUUUGUGCAUUUUCCGUGUAAGCACAUUUGCAGAGCUACAUCAGGGCUCAAUGCACGUGCCGAUGUAUUUAUUUAUGCCCUGUAUUCUUGCUUUCCUGUCUGUUGCACUUCACACCUGUCAAUCUCAUCUUCGUUGGUGUGA